GUUGAGCUGGAGAGAGGUGCUGCAGUGCCUGUGUCUGUCUCCAGCCCUGUGCUAUGUGUUGACUGAAGAGCUAACUGCAAUGACCCUGGAAACAGACGGGGGAUUCUUAUAAAUCACAAAGGAAAAUAAAUAACUUCACCCAUGGAGGGAAAGAGACAGCUUGAGAAAAGGGACUUUGGAAAAAGGCUGUCUCUAGACAGCAGUCUUGUGGAAUACAUGGACUCCAAUAAAUACAUUGAGCAUCUGCUAACUCAACUUGAAGAGCAACACAGAAGUCUCUGGAGGGAGAAGUUGGCAGUGGCCCGACUGCAGCGAGAAGUUGCCCAGAGAACAAGUGAGGGGGCUGUGCAUGAGAAGCUGAUACACGAACUAGAAGAGGAGAGACACUUACGUCUUCAAAGCGAGAAGCGGUUGCGGGAGGUGACCCUAGAGUCUGAGCGCAACAGAGUUCAGAUGCGUGGCCUGCAGCAGCAGUUCUCCAGGAUGGAAGAAACAGUACGAAAUCUAUUGCAGAGUCAAGGACCUCCAGAGCAGAAAAAAGAAGAUACUGUUAAUAUAAUGGUCUAUCAGGAAAAACCGUCAGAGGAAGAGAGAAAACAUAAGGAAGCUUUGGAAGAUCUUCACAUGGUGGUGGAUGAGGAUUCAAGGAGCGAAAGCAGCAGUACAGAUGAGGGAAAACACAAGACCAAAUUGCUGCUAGAAAGAUUGAAGGCUCUAGAGGCAGAGAAUUCAGCAUUGGCUUUGGAAAAUGAAAAUCAAAGGGAGCAGUAUGAGAGAUGUCUUGACGAGGUAGCCAACCAAGUUGUUCAAGCUCUGCUCACUCAAAAGGAUCUAAGGGAGGAAUGUGUAAAGUUGAAAACAAGAGUGUUUGAUUUGGAACAACAGAAUCGAACGCUAAGCAUACUAUUUCAACAGCAAGUCAGACCAACUUCUGAUCUGCUCCUCCAGAAACUUCACUCACGCAUCUUAGAUCUUUCAUCUGGAGAUUUGCUUUCAGAAGCAGGAAGAAGCCCAGGUCUGAUACAGUCACGAAGUGAUGCUGAGCUGCAUGAAUGCCAACUGAAUGCAAAAUUAGGAACCCCUGCCUUGAAAUGCCCUGGCUUGGGGGUUGUCGUCCCUGGUCAUCUCUGUCCUCAAAAUAGCGGCAGCAGCAGCAGCGAACUGUCUCUUUCGAGCACCUGCAGCGAAUACUCCAGUGGCUCCUCAUACACGUGGCAUGACAAGAAGAACCUCAGGAAAAGGCAAUCAUCACAAAACUGGGAUAAAAGGCUAAGUAUUGAUUCUUCGCUCCCAAGUGGUUUUGCUAGCCCUACAGAUGAACUACCUCCAACUCGUAUCAAGGAAAGCCACAUUUUGGAAGGGCUAAAAAAGCUACAGAAGCGAAAAGUAUUACUUGAGCCCCCGUCAGUGAUAACCAAAUGGGGUUAUAAAGAUUGCAUGAAUUCAAAUGAAGGAAUAUAUUCUCCAGGGAUUAAGAGUUGCAGCCUCAAGGAACAUACCCCCUGCAAACCAAGGGACAUGGGGAGCUCCUACAAGGAGCCUCACAAGGCAUUUGUUUAUGAUACAGAUUCCCACGAUGAUGCUGAUGGUGACUCUUCUUCCUCAGCAUUGUUCCAAGUAGUUCCAAACCAGGGUUGCAGGCUGCAUGGUAGCAAAUUAACCCACAGUGUUUCCGACAGUCUGUUUGGUUGGGAGCCAAAUGGAAAACACUUUUCGGAAGGCAGGUCUUCAGUUUAUCCCAGGGAAAGGCCUAAAAAGCUGCCAAGUUGUGCCAGCAACUGUCCCUUGGAGAGGAAGCUGUGCCCAAGUGUACAAGUGCAUCAGGUACUAAGGGAGACAGACCCACGCAGCCAAGGCCACAGCCACAUGGCUCUCAACCUCCAAUAUUCAGACACUGAUGACAAUGAAACUCUUGAUGAGUUACACAUAGACAGUAGUGAUGAGAAAAGCCCUUCAGACUUGUCACUCACCGCUGACACCGAUAAGUCCAUGGAGAACCUGGACAUCCUCAUGGGCUUUGGAAAGUCUCAACUUGGGUCUGCUGAUGAGGAGGAAAAGUCAGUGCCCAUCCACUUAGAGACUAGGCCAAAGACGUUUAGUUUCAUUAAACAGCAAAGGGUUGUGAAGAGGACUUCUUCAGAAGAAUGUAUUACUGUAAUAUUUGAUGCAGAAGAUGGCCAGCCCAUUGAAUUCAGCUCUCACCAGACUGGAGUUGUCACUGUUACCAGAAAUGAAAUUUCCAUCAAUUCGGCCUCUACUGGACCCAAGGCAGAACACACUGAACUUUUACCUCAGGGAAUUGCUGGCUUCCAGCCAGGAGCUGCUGCAAGAGAGUAUACUUUCUUAAAGAGAUCUGAGGAGGAAACUGAGAAAAACAUUCCAAAAGAUAAUGUAGAUAAUGUUCCCAUAGCGCCCACCGAAACUUUCAGCCCCAGGACGGUAGCACAAAAUGCUCAGAGACAAAAGCUGGCCAGACCGACACACGGUAUGUCAUGCCAGAGUAAUUCUAGGUCUUCAGCAUCCACGGGUAUCUAUCAAAAGCAAAGUCUGACAAAAACACCUGCCAGGGGCAAGUCCUCACCUCAGAAAGCAAAAAUAAUGGAGCCUGAUGCCUCCACACGAGUCCCCUCCUCUGGCCGGGUGACUCGUGAAAAAUCACCAGCCUUAGCUCCUGGGAGACUCUCACGGUUCAUGAAGAAUGAGAGCCCAGGGCCCCUCUGUCAUUUACAGCCAGAUUCACACAUUCCAAAGCACCCCGCCCAACUUCCUCACGGCUCCAAAAUGUCCAGCGGGAGGGAUCGGGUCCAUUGCUCCCAGAGUCAGACACCAGGGUCACGGUCAAGGCCCCUCACUGGGCCUAGUGACAAUGGAGAACCCCCCAUGAGAGAGAAACACUGUGAGUCUGGGCCAGAGGCAGGGGCGCAAUCCCCCUCUCCCCCACCCCCUCCGGGCAGGUCAGUGUCCCUCCUGAUCAGGCCCCAUUACGACUCUUCACCAACACCUUCAUCUGCCAAGCCCGAAACCAGGGUCCCCAGUGAAACGGCAAGGACAGUAGUCAAAUCCCCUCUGUCGAAAGGAGCCUCUGCUCCUGUUGUAUCUUCUCAUCAGGCCAUGACAGAAGCGCCAAGGAAGAAACCAUCCUCGGCCUUCAAGAAGCCUGUCUUCACUCACCCUCUGCCCUCCACAGAAACAGUGACUCAGACCAGAUGCCCUGCUCAUGCCUCCUCUGGCUCAUUUACUGUGACGGCUCUGGGGCCACCAAAGGUCUCUCCAAAGAGGGCUGUUCCCAAAACCUCUCCUCACCAAGCACUUGGGACCACACAAGCAGACACAGGGUUACGGACUCCCAAGAAUUGUCCCUCAACCCAUGAAGCACUGGAAAUAUUAUCCUCCCAAAGUGUAUCUCCAGGAAGGAAAGGACCAUUAAAUGAUGGUGUCCCCACAUCCCCCAAGCCUUCCUUCUUAGGGGUAAAUGAGUCACCAUCAUCUCAGGUUAACAGUCCCUCAUUAACAUCGUCAUCCUCCAAAAGCCAUAGCACCCCACAAGGUUGUCAAAACACUCAUGAGAAAGGACUGAAAACUCGCCUCCCGGUGGGACUCAAAGUUCUCAUGAAGUCUCCCCAAUUGCUCAGGAAAAGUUCCACAGUGCCCGGGAAACAUGAAAAAGACAGUUUAAAUGAAGCCUCUAAAAGUUCUGUGGCUGCAGACAAGUCUAAGCCCGAAGACUCCAGGAAUCCAGCAAGACUUGAGACCACAGGGGGCGAAAGAAACGUGACCACACUGGGUUUACAAGCUCAGGACAGUUUAGCUGAAGGGCUUCCCCUGCAGGAAGCAGCACUGCCAGAGUCACUGGAAAAUAGCAUCCCUGGGGCUGAUGGAAGAGAAGGGAUAGAAACCAGACCAGUGAAAAGAUCCCUUUCCUCCAGCAAGCCGCACCUAAAACCAGCUCUAGGCAUGAAUGGUGCCAAAGCCCGCAGCCAGAGCUUCAGCACUCACUCAGGGGACAAGCCCUCGACGCCCCCCGUGGAAGGGCCAAGCAAGGUCCGAACUCAGAUUAUUACCAACACUGCUGAGAGAGGCAAUUCUCUUACCCGGCAGAACUCCUCCACAGAAGGCUCUCCCAACAAGACCCCUGCCCCUUCUGUGUCUGAGAGUCUCCCCAGUGCUGGAAGGCCCCUGGGGCACCUCUCCUCCAGGCAAGGCUCCCAAGGGAGCGCAGGCAGCUCCAGCAGUCAGCAUGGGAGCCCAAGCAAGUUGCCUUUGAGGAUCCCUUCAAAGUCUGAAGAAUGCCUCACCCCCCCUGGAAUGGAAGACCAGCAGGCCUAUGUCCAGGGAGAAUGCCCCAGUGUGGCUGUACCUGCAGACCCAGGCAGUGACCACUGCAGGUGCCCACCCACCCCAACAGACUGCCCAGGGAAGAUGCAGUGUCCAAGCAGUUGUGAAACAAGCAGGACAUCCAGGCUAGAAAAUUCUGGAAGGCAUCCAGAUGCUUCUACAACUGGAACUGGUGCUGUGAGCCCAGAAACCCCCCUCUCACCCACAAUAGAAGAAAAGGUCAUGUUGUGCAUUCAGGAAAAUGUGGAAAAGGGCCAAGUGCAAACAAAGUCGACCUCUGUGGAAGCGAAGCAGAAGCCGGGGCCUUCUUUUGCCAGCUGGUUUGGUUUUCGGAAGAGUAGACUCCCAGCUCUCAGUAGCAGAAAAAUGGAUGUCUCCAAAACCAAAGUGGAAAAGAAAGAUGCAAAAGUCUUGGGGUUUGGAAACAAACAACUAAAAUCAGAGAGGAAAAAAGAGAAAAAGAAUCCGGAACUACAAUGUAAGAUAGAAAAUGAGCUUAACAGGGACACCAAGUCGGCAGAUAGUCCGGACAGUGGUUUACAAAGCAAAAAUCUGAAAACGCCGCAGGACAUUUACAUCCAAAUGAAGUUUGAACCGAGAAAUAGACCCAGCCCUGUUACAUGCUCAGCAAAAGAUAGCUUUAUGAUGGAACUUCUGAACAGAGUUGAUAAGAAAGCAGCUCAACAGAUGGAAAGUGGAUCAAAUAAUGUUUCCUGCAGGAAUGUGUUAAAGGGCAGUUCCCAGGGCUCCUGUCUCACCAGCAGCACUAUCAGCACUCAAGGAAACCACAAGAAAAACAUCAAAACUAAAGCUGAUAUGGAAAUACCGAAAGACUCCUUGAUAAAAGAGGCAAAUGAAAACUUGCAAGAGGAUGAAGAAGAUACAAUUGCAGAUUCUGCAUUCCAGAGCCACAUCAUAGAAUCGAACUGCCAGAUGAGAACAUUGGACAGUGGGAUCGGAACCUUCCCGCUGCCAGAUUCAGGAAAUCGCUCAACAGGACGGUACCUAUGCCAGCCAGACUCCCCAGAGGACCCUGAGCCCAUCCUGUCUCUCCAGCCAGCCCUUUCCAUGGCUGCGUCCAUCAGAGCCCAAACCCUUGAACAAGAAGUGCCUUCCUCCACAGACAGCCAGCGCUCUGCAGAUAGCACCAUUGUUCAUUCCAUGUCUGACCCCCUCAUGACUGCCAGAGGGAUGCGACCUCUUCAAAGUCGCCUCCCCAAGCCAGCCUCCUCAGGAAAAAUCAGUUCCCAAAAGCAGAAUGAACCAGAGCCACGGCCUCAGACUUGCUCAUCAUUUGAAUAUGCUGAAGACACAGUGACAAGCCAGCCACUUCCAGACUGGGGAGGUGACGACACCACCCCUGAGCCCCAGGACAAGGUACCCAGAAUGUGUACAUACUCUGCCAGCGGUGGCAGUGAUAGUGACAGUGACCUGGACUGUGGACAUAAUGGUUUUGGAGCUGGAAGGGGAAAGUUAGUGAAAGCCCUGAAGAGUGCCGCUGCCCCAGGUCGAAAUGAGAUCAGGAAGGGAGGGAGUGUGGAUGGGGAGAGGACCAUGUGCUCGUCCCUUAGAGGUCUGGGAGAAGAGGAGGACCCAGCAAAGGAGACGGAGCAGGAGCGAGCCAAGAGGGAGGACAGCUGGGGAUGUGUUGUCUUGGAAGCCAGAAAUCUGCUGUACCUCCUAGGCUCUCUGUCUUCACUGAAUGUCUCACCGUUCUUUCAGGACUACACACUAGAAAGCUGGGAGUUGUCCCUGACACUCUCUUCUCUCGCCUUCCACGUUCUGGCCAUCCAGACGCCUGCUGGCUUCCUCCCAGAUGCUUCUCAAAUUCAGUUCAGACUCAGCCUCCUCCAGGAAGUCUUCCUGGAUGCUCCUUCAUCAGCCGCACCCAAAGCCCGGUGA